UCUUUUAUGAGAGACGUCCUUCAUUGUAGCUGCCUCAACGAUUUCGAAAAUAUACAAAUAACUAAGGAGCAUUUGCAAUACCACACUGAGGUCGUGUGGAAACAGUCGAGACAGAUGGGAGCAGAUAAGAGGAUAAGUCGGACUGAACGGAGCGGCAGGUAUGGAUCUGACGCGCCCCGUGAAGCUUCUGAUUGGCGCGACAGACGAGAAAGAGAUCAAGAACGUGAUCGCCGUUGGUCUGAUGAGAGACGUGGUGAGCGCAAUGAAGGAGAGCGAGAUAGAGAUCGCCGAGGAUCCAGAGACAGUCCAGAGCCAAGAGAGCGGAAAAGACGCAACAGCGACAGAUCGGAAGAUGGCUAUCACUCUGAUGGCGACUACUCGGAUCAAGAUUACAGAAGAGAACCAGGAGAUGAAAAGAGGAGCAAGACCAUCAUGCUAUGGGGUCUUUCCUCUCACGUCACAGAGGAAGAUAUAUGUUUUGCCAUUGAUCAACUGGAGGGUCCCCAGCCUGCCGAUGUCAGACUGAUGAAAAAGAAGACAGGUAUAAGCCGUGGUUUCGCCUUCGUGGACUUUUAUCACUUGCAAGAUGCUACCCGAUGGAUGGAGACCAAUCAGAAACGUCUGGCCAUCCAAGGGAAAAAUGUGGACAUGCACUACAGUCAUCCCAGACACAACUACGGCGACUGGCUCUGCAAUACUUGUGGCCUGUACAAUUUCCGGAGGCGGCUGAAGUGCUUCAGGUGUUCAGCAGCUAAAGUCGAAUGUGAGACGAGCAGUAAUGCUGACGUCAAUGAAUCUCAGCCCGGUGGUGACUUCUGUGGGGACACAAUCAUCCUUAGAAAUAUUGCUCCCCAGAGCACUGUGGAAGGCAUCAUGACCGUCCUGGCACCAUAUGCUAAUCUUUCACCGAGCAACAUUCGCUUAAUCAAGGACAAACAGACGGGCCAGAACAGAGGCUUUGCCUUUGUUCAACUGUCUUCUCCUCUGGAGGCCUCUCAGCUGCUAACCAUCUUACAAGGACUGCAGCCUGGUCUCAAACUGGAUGGGAAAACAAUUGGAGUCGAUUAUGCCAAGAGUGCUCGAAAGGACCUGCUACUCCCCGAUGGGAAUCGUGUCAGUGCCUUUUCUGUUGCUAGCACAGCUAUUGCUGCAGCUCAGUGGUCCUCAAGUCAGCCACAGCCGAACGUCGAAGGAGUUUCCGAGUACAGCCUCUUGCACGAAGGCUACACUCCAAUGUCACAGCCAUACUAUCAUCAAGCCAGCACCUCACAGGAGAAUGGGAUUCUUGGAGCUGCCCCUAAUAUGAAGCUUGUUCCAACUGCUGCUGGGGUAGUUCUCUCCACUCCCGUGCAAGUCUACCAGCCCCAUAUAAUUGGUCAGCCUGCUAUUCAGGCAUUGCAGCUGGCUCAGCAGUUGGAAGCCAAAUCUCAGGCAGGACAUUUCCCAGGUGCCGAUGCUGUGACUGCUGCCCCGGUAGCGGCUGCGGCCACAGCUACGACCUCGGGACAAAAGACGGACGCCGCCACUGUUGUUCCGGAUACAUCGACUUAUCAAUAUGAUGAAUCAUCUGGCUAUUAUUAUGACCCUCAGACUAGCUACUACUACGACCCAAACACGCACUAUUACUACAACUCUCAGACUCAACAAUAUCUUUAUUGGGAUGGUGAGAAGCAGACAUACGUCCCCGUGUCAGUCGAUGCGAAUGCUGCCCCGGCUCCACCCGCAGCAAACGCGAAAGAACCCCGUGAAGGCAAGGAGAAAAAGGAAAAGCCCAAGAGCAAAACUGCCCAACAGAUUGCCAAAGAUAUGGAACGCUGGGCUAAAAGUCUUAAUAAGCAAAAGGAAAACUUCAGGAGCAGCUUCCAGCCAAUCAGUCAAGAGGAAAAGAAGGAGGCUGCUGCUGCUGAUGCUGGCUUCACACUUUUUGAGAAGAAGCAAGCCGGUGUACUAGACAGAAUCAUUCCCGAGAUGAUAAAUAUUCCUGAAGAGGACGCGGCCACCAGCUCCUCCAACACUUCCAAGUGUGGCCUUGUGGCAGCCUACAGCGGAGACAGUGACCCCGAGGAGGCAGCCGACGGUGGAGAGGGAGGCCAGGACAAGUUGACCGACUGGAAGAAGCUCGCCUGCUUAUUGUGUAGGAGGCAGUUUCCCAAUAAAGAAGGUUUAAUACGUCAUCAGCAGCUGUCUGACCUCCACAAGAAAAACCUGGAAGUUAUGCGACGAUCCCAAAUGAGUGAAGCCGAGCUGGAGGAAUUGGAGAGAAGAGAAACUGAGUUGAAGUACAGAGACAGAGCAGCCGAGAGACGAGAAAAAUACGGCAUCCCUGAACCUCCUGUCCCCAAAAAGAAGAAAUUCAGUCAGCCAACACCAGCUGUUAACUACGAGCAGCCUACCAAAGAUGGCCUCAACAGUGACAAUAUUGGCAACAAAAUGUUGCAAGCUAUGGGCUGGAAGGAGGGCAAAGGCCUCGGUCGCAAUCAGCAGGGCAUCACUGCACCCAUUCAGGCCCAGCUAAGAACCAAAGGAGCCGGACUUGGGACUAAAGGCAGCAACUACACCCUCUCUGCAUCGGACACGUACAAAGAUGCAGUCCGCAAAGCCAUGUUUGCUCGCUUUACUGAGCUGGAGUGAACGAGAUGAACAGUGAAAGUGCUACAACACCUCCAGCGUCAUUACUACUAGCCACCAUGUCAAAAAAGAA